UCUUCCUUCCUCACGGCUACUUCGGCUCCUCCCCCAGCGCUUCACACGCUCAUUGUGAAGCGACAGCGGCUGCCAACCUUUAGGGUUGUUUGAGACCUAAAGACCCUAAAUCUUUGGCGCGCGUAAGCGCCCGCGCCGCUCCUUCUCCACUCCAAGGGCUAGGGGCGCGAGAUUCGCCUCUUUUUAUUUUCUCUCCUGCCCGGAGCCAACCGCCCCGGUGCGCGCGCGGACAUCUCGCGCCGCCGCUCCCUCCUCCCUGCCCCUCCCCCUUCGGGAGCUCCCGCCCGCGCGCUCCUCCUCCUCCCCUUUCCCCGGCGACGCGCACGCGCGCCAGGCCGGCUCGCGCCCUCUCGCUUUCCUCCGGCCCGCAAGACCCCCUCCCCUUCCGCCUCGCGGCGCUUCCUCGCGCCGCGGUCUUCUCUAUCCACCCCCGACAUCGCGGGGCUCCCCCCGCCCGCCAACGGCGGGUCCCCGGCUUCCCAGGUCCCCUCGCUUCCCGCGCUCUCCAGCGGGGGCCUAGCUCCAGCCUCCUCUCUCCCUCCCUUCCCCCUAAUUCCCCUUCCGGACGCUGCCAUCAUGUUGAAGCCUCAGCCGCCACAACAGACCUCCCAGCCCCAGCAGCCGCCCCCCACGCAACAGGCCGUGGCCCGCCGGCCUCCCGGGGGCACGAGCCCUCCUAACGGCGGCCUCCCGGGGCCCCUGGCCUCCACCUCGGCUCCCGCAGGGCCUCCCGCGGCCGCGUCUCCCUGCCUGGGGCCUGCAGCCGCCGCCGGGAGCGGGAUCCGCCGGGGAGCCGAGGGCAUCUUGGCGCCGCCGCCGCCGCCGCAGCAGCAGCAGCAACAUCAGGAGAGGCCAGGGGCAACGGCUAUCGGCAGCGCCAGGGGACAAAGCACAGGAAAGGGACCCCCACAGUCACCGGUGUUCGAGGGUGUCUACAAUAAUUCCAGAAUGCUGCAUUUUCUUACAGCUGUUGUGGGCUCCACUUGUGAUGUAAAGGUGAAGAAUGGUACCACCUAUGAAGGUAUCUUCAAGACUCUGAGCUCAAAGUUUGAACUAGCAGUAGACGCUGUACACCGGAAAGCAUCUGAGCCAGCAGGUGGCCCUCGUCGGGAAGACAUUGUGGACACCAUGGUGUUUAAGCCAAGCGAUGUCAUGCUUGUCCACUUCCGAAACGUUGACUUCAAUUAUGCUACUAAAGACAAAUUCACUGAUUCAGCCAUUGCCAUGAACUCAAAGGUGAAUGGGGAGCACAAAGAGAAGGUGCUUCAGCGCUGGGAAGGGGGCGACAGCAACAGCGAUGACUAUGACCUCGAGUCUGACAUGUCCAAUGGAUGGGACCCCAACGAAAUGUUCAAGUUCAACGAGGAGAAUUAUGGUGUAAAGACCACCUAUGACAGCAGUCUUUCUUCUUAUACGGUGCCCUUGGAGAAGGACAACUCAGAAGAGUUUCGUCAGCGGGAGCUGCGUGCAGCCCAGUUAGCUCGAGAGAUUGAAUCGAGCCCGCAGUACCGCCUGCGGAUCGCCAUGGAGAACGAUGAUGGGCGCACCGAGGAGGAGAAGCACAGUGCGGUCCAGCGGCAGGGUUCAGGACGGGAGAGCCCCAGCUUGGCAUCUAGGGAGGGAAAGUAUAUCCCUCUACCCCAGCGAGUUCGGGAAGGUCCCCGGGGAGGAGUUCGAUGCAGUAGUUCCCGGGGAGGCCGGCCUGGCCUUAGCUCUUUGCCACCUCGUGGCCCUCACCACCUUGACAGUAGCAGCCCCGGCCCAGGUUCUGAGACCCGCGGUAUCAAUGGAGGCCCUUCCCGCAUGUCCCCUAAGGCACAACGGCCUGUGAGAGGUGGUGCCAAGACUCUGUCCUCACCCAGCAGUAGACCUUCUGGAGAAGCUUCUGCUCCGCCCCCUCCUGCAGCUUUCCCUUUUCUUCCAGUGGGCCGGAUGUACCCCCCGCGCUCUCCCAAGUCAGCUGCCCCUGCCCCAAUCUCAGCUUCCUGUCCUGAUGCCCCGAUGAGCUCGGCAGUACCGACCUCUUCGGCUUCUAUCCCUGUGACAUCAUCGGUUGUGGAUCCUGGAGUAGGCUCCAUUUCCCCAGCUUCUCCAAAGAUCUCACUGGCCUCCACAGAUGUAAAAGAACUUCCAGCCAAGGAACCUGGGAGAACUCUGGAGUCCCAGGAGCUGUCCCGGAUAGCUGGGAAAGUCCCUGGCCUUCAGAAUGAACAGAAACGCUUUCAACUGGAAGAACUGAGAAAGUUUGGGGCCCAGUUUAAGCUGCAGCCCAGUAGCUCCCCUGAGACCAGCCUGGAUCCUUUUCCUCCCCGGAUCUUAAAGGAGGAGGCCAAAGGGAAAGAGAAGGAAGUUGACGGUUUAUUAACUUCAGAGCCAGUGGGGUCCCCAGUCUCCUCGAAGACAGAGUCCGUAUCGGAUAAGGAGGACAAGCCGCCCCUGCCACCGGCAGGAGGCACAGAGGGGCCCGAGCAGCCCCCACCACCUUGCCCAAGCCAAACUGGCAGCCCCCCAGUGGGCCUCAUCAAGGGAGACGACAAGGAUGAGGGCCCGGUCGCUGAACAAGUGAAGAAGUCAACACUGAACCCCAACGCCAAGGAGUUCAAUCCCACAAAGCCUCUGCUGUCUGUGAAUAAAUCCACCAGUACCCCAACUUCUCCGGGGCCCCGAACUCAUUCAACUCCCUCCAUCCCGGUGCUGACAGCAGGCCAGAGUGGGCUCUACAGCCCCCAGUACAUUUCCUACAUACCUCAGAUCCACAUGGGACCAGCUGUUCAGGCACCUCAGAUGUAUCCAUACCCUGUAUCCAAUUCUGUGCCUGGACAGCAGGGCAAGUACCGGGGAGCAAAAGGCUCCCUGCCCCCCCAGCGCUCGGACCAACACCAGCCAGCCUCAGCCCCUCCGAUGAUGCAGGCCGCCGCCGCCGCUGGCCCACCUCUGGUGGCUGCCACGCCGUACUCUUCCUACAUCCCUUACACCCCACAGCAGUUCCCGGGCCAGCCCGCCAUGAUGCAGCCCAUGGCCCACUACCCCUCACAGCCGGUGUUUGCCCCCAUGCUUCAGAGCAACCCACGCAUGCUGACGUCGGGGAGCCAUCCCCAGGCCAUUGUGUCGUCCUCCACCCCUCAGUACCCUUCUGCAGAGCAGCCCACCCCACAAGCCCUCUAUGCCACUGUUCAUCAGUCCUAUCCACACCAUGCUACGCAGCUCCAUGCCCACCAGCCACAGCCGGCCACCACGCCUACUGGGAGCCAGCCGCAGUCCCAGCAUGCGGCCCCCAGUCCCGUCCAGCACCAGGCGGGGCAGGCCCCACACCUGGGCAGUGGACAGCCACAGCAGAAUCUGUACCACCCAGGGGCCCUGACAGGCACGCCGCCUUCUCUGCCACCGGGACCUUCUGCCCAGUCCCCUCAGAGCAGCUUCCCCCAACCAGCCGCUGUAUAUGCCAUCCAUGCCCAUCAGCAGCUGCCCCACGGCUUCACCAACAUGGCCCAUGUUACCCAGGCCCAUGUCCAAACUGGAAUCACAGCAGCCCCGCCCCCUCACCCUGGGGCUCCCCACCCGCCCCAGGUGAUGCUGCUGCACCCACCCCAGAGCCAUGGGGGCCCCCCCCAAGGCGCGGUGCCCCAGAGUGGGGUGCCUGCACUCUCAGCUUCCACACCCUCACCCUACCCCUACAUCGGACACCCCCAAGGUGAGCAGCCUGGCCAGGCGCCUGGAUUUCCAGGAGGAGCCGAUGACAGGAUUCGUGAGUUCUCGUUAGCUGGGGGAAUUUGGCAUGGAAGAGCUGACGGGCUGCAGGUGGGGCAGGAUGCACGGGUUCUGGGAGGGGAGUGAGGGGUCUUGGAGGCAGGGCUGUCCCACAGGGCGCCCGCCGACCUGCACCUGUCUGUGAAGUAUGUAGGGUGGGCAGAAGCCACAGUCGCCGCCGCCAGGGGCUUGCUCCUGGCUCUGUCCUUUGCUUCCCUCCGUCCUCGCUCAGUUGUGAUCCAGCAGCCCCCCUCCCCACUGCCUCCCCAGCUCUCAGUGACCCCGACUGUCUCCUGACUUAGCCGAGGUAAGGUCAGCGCAGCAGACAGGGCCAGGCUGGGGUGUGGGGGGCUGAGCUGGGCACACGAGUAAGGGCUCUCGCUCACUGGGAAACAGCGAUUGAUCUGUGCUUCUGACAGCCCCAUGAGACACCUUGAGGAGGCCGCUCCUACCCAAACACUCCCCCCACACCCCACACUGGACGGCAUUGGAUGAAGGGACAGCUGCUUGGGUUCUAAUGCUCCUGCUCUCUUCUCUUUCCCCUCCAACCAGUUCAAUCUCAUCCCUCCCAGCAGCUCCCCUUCCACCCCCCGGGGAACUGAAGAUUGUCCUGGCCGCGACCUGAGACCUCCAUGAGUGGAGGGAAGAGUGAUCUAUGUCUCUUCCCCCAGCAGCUCGGACCAGUCCCAGCCCCCCAAUCCCCCCUUUCCCCUGGGGGAGCUGGGGAAUUCCUGCCAAGCACCUUGAAGGGGAGGGGCCUUGAAGUGGGCAGGGCCAGGGUCCAGCGGGGGUGGGGGGGUUCCUGCUCUGCCCCUGCCCAUCCCCACCCCAUCUUGCCCUCCCAUCCUCUCAUCUAUCCCCCGCUGGAGACGGAAGAUCUUUUAUUUUCUAUUAUUUAUAACCUCAGACUUGGGCCCCCGUUUCUUUCUUCCCCAUUAACUUGAGUGAACUGCGUGAGAGACAGACAGACAGAUGCCCCACAAGGAUGGUUGGACAAGGACUUUUACUUUUUAUUACAUAAAAAUAUUAAAAAAAAUUAAAAAAAAUAAAAUUUUAAACUAACUUAA